AUGUGGGGCGUUCGUCGACUGGCUCUUGCCGCCCUGGCGGGCUCCAGUGCGCUUGGGGUAGCGCUGCGUACGGGCGACAACGCAACCGAUUUGACCCUCCUGUCCAUCCGCGAAGCUGCUGCUCUGAUACAGGAGGGCAGCCUUCGGGCAACGCAACUGGUCGAAGCCUACUUGGCGAGAAUCGAUACUGUUGACGAGCGACUGCGCAGUUUCAUCUACGUCGCUCGUGAUGAAGCACUUGCAGCCGCUGCGCAGGUGGAUAAAGACAUCGCAGCCGGGCAGUAUCGAGGCGCACUCCACGGCAUUCCAUUCGGAAUCAAAGACCUGUAUUUCAGCGGCGCCAUUCCUACGACUGGCAAUUCCAGGCUCGACUGGGGGAAUCGCACCGAUCAGGUUGCAGCAGUCAUCACAAAUCUCGAGGCUGCAGGUGCUGUCCUGAUAGGCAAAAUGGACACAGGAGAAUUCGCCUCAGGGACUGUCAAGCUAUACAUGGAUCUUCCUCAUGACCUUGCGGCAAAUCCCUGGGAUCUGGAUCGAUUCGCUGGAGGCUCUUCCACUGGUCCUGGUGCUGGCGUCGGCGGCCGGACAACGCUUCUUGCUGUGGGCGGCGAUACCGGAGGUUCUGUCCGCCUGCCUUCUGCUGCAUGCGGCGUACAAGGUCUCAAGCCCACUUUCGGGCGCGUGAGCAACUAUGGCGCAAUCAGCAACACCUGGUCGAGGGACUGUGCUGGACCCAUCGGAUGGAAUGUGGAGGAUCUAGGUUAUGCAUUGGAGGCUAUGGGUGGAUACGAUGUCAGAGACUCGACAACAGUCAAAACAGCGCCUUUCAAAUUUGAUCCGAUUAUCCCACAAGACCUGAGUGGUCGCCGGGUGGGCGUCGUGAACAUCUCUAGCACGGAUUAUGCCGGCCUGCAGCCAGCUAUGCGUGCCGGCAUCGAGAAUGUCAUCAGCCUCCUGCAAGACAACGGUGCUGAGAUUGUUCCCACUAAUCUCCCUAGCAAACUUGCCGAGUACAACACUGUGGGUAGUCCGAUCUCAAACGUAGAGUUCCACGUCUCCAACUGGGAUCUCAUCAUGAGCGAUCCUGCCGCUGUGGGCCAGGGUACGAGAGACAGGCUGUCUAGAAUCCUCGAAACGACCGCCGUCGACUAUGGCGAGGCAAGAAAGCGAGCACUCGAAAUGACCUCUGAGCUUGAGGAGCUGUUUCGGGACUUCGAAGUCCUUGUGCUCCCAGGCACUUUCUACACCGCCGGUCUCUUCUCCAAGCCAAAAGAGAUUUCGGAUUUUAUGCUGAAGACCGCCAUGGUGCCUGCCUCGAUCACCGGGCAUCCCGCGCUGUCGAUGCGAGCCGGGUUUGAUGGUGAGCUGCCGCUCAACUUCCAGAUGAUCGGUCCGCUGUUCGAUGAGGCUGUAUUGAUCCGGUAUGGCAUGUUCCUCGAGCCGCUGAUCGAUGGUGUUGGGCCGAGAAGGGUGCCGAAAGUGCUGGGGUAA